AGAGGGAGAGGAGAGACCGUGUCUUGUCUCUUUUUUUAUGCCCUUCACUUCAGAAUUUGGCGCUCCUGUGGUCGCGCUUGAAGCUCAGCUCAUCUGCGCGGAGCUGCGAGCGUCCAAGCUCCUGCUUUUAACUGGAUAAUCACAUCAACACUCCAUUUUUUUAUUUUUUAUUUUUUGCUCUGCAUUCAUUUAUUUUUCUUUCGCAACCAGUUUCAUAAUUCCCCUGUCAUGAUUUGCUCCAUUUUCUUCUUUGCUGUUGUUUGAAAGUGACUGGCUGCAGGGGGGGGUUUGCGCUCCAGUUUGCGCCAGAGGGGACUGGCAAUAUGUAAUUUUGGGGAAAGACGCCGCGGUUUUUGGGAAAAGUGGAAUAUUUCCCCCCUUGAACAGCCGCUUCUAGUUUACUUUGUGGAGCAGAAGAGAUUCUGAUACACAGUGAUGGUCUGAGGUUAUUACAACUAACUGCAGAGCGGAUUCUAUCAUUUUGGAAACUGCUUGUGGGACUGUUAAAAAAUGAAAGCUUCCAUCCCUCUUCUGAUCCUGCUUCAUGCGCUUGUGGUCCAUUGCCUGAAAGUUGUGUCAAAGAGAGGUUCUGUGGAAGGCUGCACUGACUGGUCCGUGGACUACCAAAAGUACAAAGUCCUGGUUGGGGAGCCUGUCCGGAUCAAGUGUGCUUUAUUCUAUGGAUAUAUCCGGGCAAACUACAGCCAUGCGCAGAGCACAGGACUUAGCCUCAUGUGGUACAAAAGUGCAGUGCAUGGGGAUUUCGAGGAACCCAUCAGUUUUGACGGUGCAAGGAUGAGCAAAGAAGAGGAUUCUAUAUGGUUCCGACCAGCUGAACUGGAUGAUGUGGGGUAUUAUUCCUGUGUAUUAAGGAACUCCACAUACUGCAUGAAGGUGUCCAUGUCCCUCAUAGUGGCAGAGAAUGACACAGACCUUUGCUACAACUCCAAAAUGAGAUUCUUUGAGAAGGCAGAACUGAGCAAAUGUAAAAACAUCACCUGCCCAGACAUCGAGGACUUCAUACAGCCGGGGGUGGAACCGAAAAUAGUUUGGUACAAGGAUUGCAAGCCAAAACAGUGGAGACAAACCAUAGAGAGAAGGAAGGACACUCUGUUCAUCAAGGAAGUGAGAGAAGAUGACAUUGGGAAUUACACCUGUGAAAUACCAUUUGGGAACUUUGUUGUUCGGAGGACUACCGAGUUAUCAGUCACAGCUCCCGUGACAGACCAGGCGCCAAAAAUCCUGUUUCCCUCAGAGAGCCAAAUGAGCAUCAUAGAGAUGGCACUAGGAAGUCCUGUCAACCUCACAUGCAGCGCGUUCUUUGGCUACAACGGCGACGUCAGCCCGCUUAUCUACUGGAAGAAGGAGGACAACUUCAUCGAAGACCUGGAUGAGGAGCGAAUUCAAGAGAGUGACAUCAAGACAAUCCGGGAGCACCUCGGAGAGCAGGAAGUUUCCAUCUCUCUGACCAUCGACUCCUUGGAGGAGAGUGACCUCGGCAACUACUCCUGCUACGUGGAGAACAGCAACGGGCGGCGGCAAGCAAACGUCAAACUCAUCAAGAAGGCUGAGCUGAUGUACACGGUGGAGCUCGCUGGAGGUCUGGGGGCCAUCCUGCUGCUGCUGAUCUGCCUGGUGACUCUCUACAAGUGCUACAGGAUCGAGCUCAUGCUCUUCUACAGGAACCACUUUGGCAGUGAGGACAUUGAUGGAGAAAACAAAGACUACGACGCUUACCUGUCCUACACCAAAGUGGACCCGGACCAGUGGAGCCAGGAGACCAGGGAGGAGGAGCGCUUUGCCCUGGAGAUCCUCCCCGACGUCCUGGAGAAGCAUUAUGGGUAUAAACUCUUCAUUCCAGACAGGGACUUGAUCCCCACAGGAAGUUUCACCAAUGAUCAUUUCCAGGAUGACACAAGACUACUUAGAGCCUACAUCGAGGACGUAGCGCGCUGCGUGGACCAGAGCAAGCGACUCAUCAUCGUCAUGACACCCAGCUACGUGGUGCGGAGGGGGUGGAGCAUCUUUGAACUGGAGACGCGGCUACGCAACAUGCUGGUGACCGGAGAGAUCAAAGUCAUCCUGAUCGAGUGCGCCGAGCUGCGGGGCAUCAUGAACUACCAGGAAGUGGAGGCCCUCAAGCACACCAUCAAAAUGCUGACGGUCAUCAAGUGGCGCGGGCCGUCCAGCAACAAGCUCACCUCCAAGUUCUGGAAGCAGCUGCUCUACGAGAUGCCCUUCAAGCGCAUGGAGCCCCUGAGCAUCUCCCACGAGCAGGUGCUGGACGUGAGCGAGCAAGGCGCCUUCGGCGAGCUCCAGACUGUCUCGGCCAUCUCCAUGGCAGCGGCCACCUCCACCGCCAUGGCGACGGCGCACCCAGACUUGCGUUCGACCUUUCACAACUCGUGCCACACCCAGAUGAGGCAGAAACACUAUUACCGUAGCUACGACUACGACCUGCCACCCAGCGGCACGCUCCCGCCACUGUCCUCGCUAGGCAACCAGCACACCUACUGCAACAUCCCCAUGACGCUCAUCAAUGGACAGCGGCCGCAGUCCAAGUCGCCGCGCCAGCAGAGUGUGGAGGAGGGCCACGGCAACAACGCCAUGCUGCCGCUGCUUCCCAGAGAGACCAGUAUAUCCAGCGUAAUCUGGUGACAGAGCCGGUGCCGGGCGGGUCUGGGUCCGAACGAGAUCCGUCAUAGGGGGGGACUAGCCACCGGCAGUCAGAUCCCGAAUCCACCAGAGCCGGACGGAGCUGAAUGGCACUAAGAUACUUGCUGCUGUUACAUUUGCACCAGGAGACAACAUGUUGGGGAGGGGCGGGAGGGACAGAACAUCAGACACAGUGGACAAAACCGGAGCUGAAAAAUUCUUGUUUUGUUUUAGUCUAAUAAGAGCUUUUAUUAAAGUUGAACCACAAAAGAGGAAAAAAAACAAAAAAAAGAAGCAAGGAGAACAUUUUUUUGUAUGCCUGUAAAAACACUCAAGUAAUACAAGCCAACACCUGUCCUAAUUUACCACGAGAGUCGAGGAAAACAGGGUCCUGUACAUACGUUUUUCUAAUUCUUUGUAGCAACAGUGUUUGGGACUUGUUUCUUUAUGUUUCCUUAUCAAUUGGGAAUCUUUAUUUUUCCUUGUUUGUUUUCAGUUUGUACUAAAGUGAAGCAAUGGCCUGUAAGACGUGUUGGUAGAACUGUUGUUACCUUUAUCCUAAUUUGUUGGCUGGUGUAGUUUCUAAUGCUUUUGAUGGGUUUUUUUAUUUCUUGGGAGGGAUAGUUUAGAGUCACAGCCCUCGAGAGAAGGCUGAGAUAUUAUAGGUUUGGGCUUAACCAGAAUAUGCAACAUUUGGAGUCCAGACAACGGGACAGCACUGGGUUUUCAACUCUGAUAAUGAAUGCUUUUGGGAAAAGAAGACUUAUGGUGCUAGGCUUCACAUCUCUAUCUCGUCACAGCGACAUUUACUUUUAAAGAGCAACCUUGCUAUUUACCUUAACAGAAGAUUAUAUCACUGAAAAGUAACUAUGUGUAUUAUUUUAUGAAAAAAAAGAAAAGUAUAUUUUUGUAACUGAGGGAUAUUUGCUUAGAGAAGUUCUAUGUAUGACGUUUCUGAUAGAAGCGACUGGGAAAACGGAUUAAAAAAAAAAACGGUUUUGUUAUGUGAAACUGCUUAGCUCACAAAAAUCACUCAUUAACGUCUUUUAUUGUUAGAUGAUGCGAACAUGCGAAGUCGGGAGUUUUGACAUUUUGAAUCCACUCACAGCUCAGCAGACUUUUUUUCUAUCACAUUUGUUGAUUUCAUUGUCAUUGCAGCAGUUCGCCUCCAGUUUAGUAGGGAUGAAGCUACCGAUGAUGUCAGCAUGGGUGAAGGAGAAAGCCAUCGUCACUCAACCCAGUUUCCACAACAGGACCAAACAAGGCUGUCCAGGGCUAAAGUCAUUGUCUCAGUUAUCCAUUUCCUGCUAAAUGAAAGCCCUGUUUGUUUCCCAUCCCCUCCCCAGGUGAGUUGUACUCCCAGGCUUCUCACGUUUCCCUCCAGAAACGGCACUCAGUGUUCCCUCAUGUACAAAACAUCUACAGUGCCUUGAAAACAGUUCACUCCCAUUGAAACGUCACAUUUUGGCAGCCACAAAUUUUUAUUUUUGUAUUUUGUUUUUCUUAUUUUUUUAAUGCAAUUUUAUGUGAAAGAGCAACACAAAGUAGUGCAAAAUUGUGAAGUGGAAGGAAAAAAAAAUCUGGAUUUAGUCCCCACAACAUGAUUCUGCCACCGCCAUGUCUCCCAAUGGAGGAGGUAUGGUCAGGGUUUUCCAACAUGUAAUGUUUUGUAUGUUGGCCAAAAAGAGAGCCUUCUUGUACAAGUUUGUGGCAAACUUUAAAUAGGACAUCUUAUGACCUCUUUCCAACAAUGCCACACAACUAAUAUUGUUCCAGGUAAAAGACUACAAAACCUGAGGUGCUGAACUCAAAAUACAAAUGGAAAAGAAAUGCAAAUGCAUGCCACAUUUUCAAAUUUUAUUUGGAAAAAAAAAGUAAAAAAACAAACAUCUCCACCCACUUCACAAUUAUGCAUCACUUACAUGAUGCAUAAUUACAUUUACAGUGCAUUUCAAGUUACAUGAAAAGGAAUUUGUGGUUGUAACAUGACAAAAUGUGGAAAAGACUCUUUUGCAAGGCACUGUAAGACAAUUUUCAACACCGACCUCAUGAAAAGUGUAAAUGGUGAAAUAUUUACGAAUUAACUUGAGAUAGAGUUUAAUUUAAUAAACAACUAAUAUAAGCUAAAUUAUAUUUAAAACUAGUAGCAUUUUAGAAUGAAAUCCUUCAAAAUGAAAUAUAAUGAAUGACGCUAAUGAAGUCCUGGUUUAUAGCUAAUAGCAAAACAACUUUAGACCAAAGCGAAGGUAAAUGGAACAGACCUCAUCCACAAAAAUCUAUUUACUUCCCAUCCUGAUCGGUACCGCUCCAUCCAGUCAAGAUCACGUCUCCCAUGACAACGACCCCGUUUCCUGAAUCUGCCUGUGCCACAUACCAUUUCAGUUCUCAUAGGAACUAGCUUCAACGUCUCAGACGAUUCAUUUUGUGCCAUGAAAUAUGCAAAGUGAUGAAUUUGUAAGAACAUAAAUGAAAAACUGUCCUUUCCCCUCCUUGCUUUCUAAUCUUUCUGUUGUGUAAAAUUGGAGAAAAGGCCUGGGUUGUUUUUUUUGUUUGUUUUUUUAUAUAAUUUAUUGAGUUGUAAGCCAGCAUAUUUGCAUUUGAGAUUUUUUUUGUUUUGUUUUUUAAUCAGAGCCUUUAUUUCACACUGUUCCCUCCAUGGAAAAGCGAAGUACCGAUGUGUUCAGGAGCAUCGACUCCGAACAGAGACCUCAAAUAUAUGGCAAAUGUGUAAAUAAAACCUUUACAAUAUUCAAAUGAAGACAAUCGAGCCAUACUCAUGGAACCUGCUGGUCAUUAUUCACAAGGUUUCUCAGAGUGUAACCACUAAUCCUCACUGGAGUCCAACUCCGACGUCUUCUUUGCUUUGAGAGGCUCUGUGAAUAUGACGACAAUAACACUUUGGUUCAUAAUAAACAGAACAUUUGUGGUGAUGAGGCUUUGAUUGGAAAGGUCAUGACGUUGAUUAUUAACGAGAAUAUAUAGCACAGUUAUUCCAGGCACUUUCAUGACUUGAGACGAUGUCUCUGUUUUCUGAUUUAUUUUCUAUUAUGUAUCUGCAAUGUUCAUUAAAAGAGAUACUGUUAUUAAUAAUAAAACCACAUUUAUGGUGAUGGCAUUCCUCCGUCCUGUAUGUGAUGUGCUUGGACAAGAGCGAGAGUGACGUAUUCAUUUGGUAAAACGAACAAAAGUACACAUCCAGCUCUCCGUGUUUAUGGAGCGGCCGCGUGGGCUGGUGGCGACGCACCGGAUCGCAGUUUUUGGUGGAGAGCCAACACAGUCCCACCUACCCCACCCAACUGCCGUAACUCUUCUGUUUCCAGAAGAAAGCCCAGAAAAAAAAG